AUGUCUGGGGCACUGGACCUGUUGGUCAACCAGACCUCGGCUAUCGACGUUAACCGGUCCGGUUUGUUGAAACUUCUCGCCAAGACAAAGGCCGACAUUCUCCCUUCCCCCUCGACACAACGUGCUCGAGGCUCCUCUUUGGGCAGUCCCGAGCUCUCAGUCGAGCCGUCCUCGGUGUACAUCCCGAAUGACUCUCUAGAUUCCGCGAACGGAUGGGGUUUCCACCCGCUCCUGGCGCUCACGGCCGAGAUGGGGUACGAUGAGCCCGCUGGGUUGGCAUUGUCAUUUGAAGUUGAGGUCGAAGUCGAGGUGACAAGCCUAGGCGGUGCCGUUUGCUGCGUUGGGAAUACGACGAAGGCAGCCGGACCUGCGCCCCUGGCACAACGAUACUCGCAGCCAGCAUCGCACACGCAGUCGACGCCGACACAAGCUUCGCAGAUCGAGCUCAUCUCCUUCUCCGCCUCCUCCGGAUCGACGUCCACAUCCACAUCAACCCGAGUCUCUUCUCCCCUCUCCCAUCUCUGCCCCACUCAUCACCCGCCUGCAUUUCGUCGUCACGAGGAACUCGACUCUCUUCAGCCCUUUCUCCUUGUCUCUCUCCUUGCUCUUUUCCUUCUCUCUAUCAGGCACGAGCCGAACGACAGACGCAGUAAUCCGACAACAUUCAACCCCAGGCCGAGCGUUCGCCCAACCCUAACCUUGAACCUGCUCUUCGGUCUCAACAAAGAGGAUAUACUACGUUCCACGUUCUAA